CAUCUACUCCACAACCAUCAAAACCGAAAUCAUCGACUCCAUUAUCAUCAACCCUAUUUUCACUGCCGUCAACUCCACUACCAUCAAAACCAAAAUCAUCAACUCCACUACAAUCAACUCCAUUACCAUCAACUCCAACACCAUCAAAACCGAAAUCAUCAACUCCACUACCAUCAACUCCACUACCAUCAACUCCAACACCGUCAACUCCACAACCGUCAACUCCAAAACAAUCAACUCCAACACCAUCAACUCCAACACCAUCAAAACCGAAAUCAUCGACUCCCACUCCACAACCAUCAACUCCAACACCAUCAAAACCGAAAUCAUCAACUCCACUACCAUCAACUCCAUUACCAUCAACUCCAUUACCAUCAACUCCAAAACAAUCAACUCCAACACCGUCAACUCCACAACCGUCAACUCCACAACAAUCAACUCCACAACAAUCAACUCCAACACCAUCAACUCCAACACCGUCAACUCCACAACCGUCAACUCCACAACCUUCAACUCCACAACCUUCAACUCCACAACCGUCAACUCCAACACCUUCAACUCCAAAACAAUCAACUCCAACACCAUCAACUGCAAGACAAUCUGUUGCAACAACAACAGCAAAAACAACUGCAAAAACAACUGCAACAACAACUGUAAAAUCAUCAGCUGCUGCAACAACAUCAUCUGUCUGUAAAUAUAACAAUUAUGAUACUUGUCCUUGUACUGUUGCUACAGCCGAAUUUACAUCCAUUCUCAUUGGUGAAGUGGUCUUUGCUCAAGACACCUGUGGCUCAACACUUGUGACUGGUCUCUUCAGUGACGGCCUUGUCGACCCUGAAAAUAUUCAAUAUACUUACCUUAUUGUCGAUGCUUGUGACAAAGUUCUCUAUGAUUUGACAUCAGCUUUAAAUGUCAAAUAUCGAAAAAAUGGAACAUAUCCAUUCUCAACAAGACUUGAUGACCUAACCCUCAAUUGUAACUCCAAAGGGGUGCUUCUUGCUAAUUAUGAUUGUAAUGACAAUACUUAUCAUAAACGAAGUGGAGCGCCUGAAACAACUGAAAAUCAUAUAUUCCAAUAUCUACAAAGAAAUCCAAGUGUUUGUUAUGAUUGUGAAUAA